ACCUCGAAUUAUUGCUUCUCCAACACAACAUGAUUCAGAAACCACCUUAGCUAUCCACGCAAUAAUAUAUCAAUCAGGCGUGACUAUUUCGGCAGUCAAAUCCGCAUACUCGCAAUGCGGGCAUGGCGACGCUCCUUCUCCACAUCCGUCGUGAAACGAUACAGUCCAUCAAGCUCUCUGGCAGCUAGUCGAUUACGGUGCGCCGAACUCUUGAAUGCGACGACCGCAACGACGGUAACGGGAACAAUAGCCGGAGAUACGAAGACACAUAAAUAUGAAAAUGAGGAAGUUACAUUAAAGGGAUUUGUGCGAUCAGUCAGGAAGCAGAAGCGGUUCGCCUUCGCGGAGAUAUCGGAUGGGUCGACGGUGAAGUCGUUGCAGGCUAUAUUGACGCCAGAGCAGGCGGCUGACUUGUCGACUGGAACGGCGAUUGAGAUUUCUGGGAGAUGGAAGGCGUGUCCUGCUGGGAAAGAACAAACACAUGAAUUACAGACUUCAAAGGUCAAAAUCGUUGGAUAUGCUGAUCCGGAGACAUAUCUAAUUCAGAAGAAAUAUCACUCCCCCGAUUUCCUACGACAAAUCCCCCACCUACGGUUACGAACACCCUUCAACUCUCUCCUCUCCCGAUUCCGCUCAGAGACCAUAUAUCAGCUAGGACAAGUGUUUAGGUCCGUUCCGCAAGGAGGUUUUGUACAAGUGCAGCCGCCAUUGAUCACCUCGUCAGACUGUGAGGGUGCGGGAGAGACAUUUACAUUGUCCCCGCAAUCAUCUGCACCACCUCCAUCUGGUUCAAAGGGAUCGGAAGAUGAAGAACAUUUACAUUUCUUCCGCAGUCCGAAAUAUCUUACAGUCUCGUCGCAACUUCAUCUAGAAGCAUACGCUGCUGAGUUGGGAAAUGUAUGGGCAUUAUCGCCGACGUUUCGGGCGGAAAAGAGUAAAACACCGCGUCAUCUGAGUGAAUUCUAUAUGCUGGAGGCUGAAGUGAAUUUUACGGAUGACCUACCCGCCCUGCUGGAUUUGGUGGAAUAUUUGAUUCGGGAUCUGGCGCGCAGACUCUACGAUACCCCAGUGGCACAGGAAGUGCUGUCAGCCAAACGGACGGGCGAGUCUGGCCUGGAUAGUAGCGAUGAUAUCCAUGCUGUUCUUCGCAGGAGAUGGGAGGUAUUGUUAUCCGAGACCAUCAACUGGCCUCGAAUUACAUACACACGAGCAAUUGAACUGCUCCAAGACGCACAAACCAAUCAUGGAGUCUCAUUCGUGUACCCCCCAUCCUGGUCCGAGGGUCUCCAGCUUGAGCAUGAGAAAUAUAUCGUCGACACUAUCUUUCAAGGCGUCCCUGUCUUUGUCACGGAUUAUCCGCAAAAAGUCAAACCAUUCUACAUGGCGCCUUCAGAAGGUGCCGAUGCUGCUCAUCCAGACCAAGCUACCGUAGCUUGUUUCGAUCUACUCUUCCCUGAAAUCUGUGAAGUUGUCGGUGGUUCGCUUCGCGAACAUCGAUUGCCGCAACUGAUCAUCAAAAUGCGCGAGUACGGUCUAAUCAAGCAUGGUUCCACAAAACCGUCAUCAUCAUCACAGCCAAACGACGACAAAGACGACGAGCAUGUGCUUGACCUCUCAAAGAAUUACCCGUACUUACAACCCAGUGAAACUCUCGGCCAUUUACAAUGGUAUGCUGACCUUCGUCGAUGGGGAACUGCACCCCAUGGCGGGUUUGGACUGGGGUUUGAUCGGUUAAUGGGAUAUUUGGCUGGAGUGAGCAGUUUGAGGGAUGUGGUCCCUUUUCCUAGGUAUUUUGGACGAGCUGAUUGUUAGAUAUUCCGGUAUGUGGAGAUGUAAGUAACUUGUACGUAUUAUAAUUGUAUGCAUAGAUAGAUCCAAGCCACUUAAGAUGCAAUUUUAUAUGGCCCCUAUCCUUGACUCG